AUGGCUUCCGUCAUGGAUCUCUUCCUGCCGAAUCUCGGCUUCGGCUGGUCCCCUAACGCCUGGAUGUAUGUUUUCAUCGCCUUGUGGCUUCAUCGCUACGUUCGCCUUCUUGUCCACUGCGUCAGCCACUGGGCAUACAAAUCCAAGCCUAUCCCCAGCAAGCCAACCUUCACCGCAGACGAUGUUACCGUCAUCAUCCCAACUAUUCACAAUGUCUUUGAGGAACUGCGCCCUUCUCUUCUCAGUAUCUUGGCCUGCAAACCUCAUGCCCUGAUGCUUGUUACUACUGUAGAGAAGCACGCUGCGCUGGAGAAGCUUGCCCACAGCCUUCCUCACCCCAAUGUCCAGGUCUACUCUACCCCAAUCGCGAACAAGCGUCUGCAGGUCUGUGAAGCCCUGCCCAAGGUCACCACCAAGAUCACCAUCAUGGCCGAUGACGACGUAACCUGGCCCUCCACCCUCAUGCCUUGGAUUCUGGCUCCCUUCGAAGACCCCAAGAUCGGUGGUGUCGGUACUUGCCAGAGAGUUAAGCGCGUCUGGGAUGGUCCGUGGUCCACCCGCAUCUUCAACUGGCUGGGAGCAGCUUACAUUGAGCGACGCAACUUUGAGAUCUCCGCUACCCACAACAUCGAUGGAGGUACCUCUUGCAUGUCUGGCAGAACCGGUGCCUACCGGUCCGAAAUUCUCUCUAGCCACGACUUUCUUGAGGGCUUCAAGACCGAGAAGUGGGGCAAGUACAUUCUCAACGCCGACGACGACAACUUUGUCACUCGCUGGCUCGUCAGCCACCAGUGGAAGACUUGGAUUCAAUACGAGCGCGAGUGCGAGCUGGAGACUACCCUUGAGAACAGCACCAAGUUCCUCUACCAGUGCUCCCGGUGGGCUCGCAGCAACUGGCGCAGCAACUGGACCAGCCUCGUCAAGGAAAAAUAUGUUCUUACUCAGCAGCCAUGGUGCACCUAUGCGCUCCACAUUGCGACCUUCACGUCCCUGGCUUUCCUCUUCGACCCCCUCAUCAUCUUUGCACUAUGGAAGGGUACUGCUGAGUGGGAUAUUGACAGCCGCAAGCAAGCUCUGUGGGCUCAGAUCAUCUUCGUGUUUGGCUUCACCAAAGUCAUCAAGCUCAUGGGUCUCUUCCGACGCAACCCGAGCGACAUCAUUUUCUUGCCUGUGUCCAUCAUUUUCGGAUGGGGUCAUGGAUUCAUCAAGCUCUACGCGCUGUCAACUUUGAAGAUGACAUCCUGGGGCAGCAGAGCCGAUGGUGACACCAACGACGACAUUCGUCUGACCCCCCGCCCCAAGCGCGCUAUGAGUUUGACCACGCCCCCCGGCGGCCAGGAUCUCGUGCGCUACCGCCACGAGCGUCAGAUGACGGAGAAGGUCUCCGACUGGCACCGUUCCUCCGACGAGCCCCGCAGACCCCAGGCCGUGAGGAUGAACACUCACCCUGCCAAGGGCAUAAAGCCUCACGUCACUUUCUCGCUCUUGGAGCACCCUUCGGGCUAA